AUGGCUCAAGUGCACACACAACUAGCGGCCUUGACGAUCGCCGACCCACGGGUCGAUGCGCAGGCUCCUAAACCAAUCCCCGUACCGCCGCAAACGACAGCGCCCGAAUCCAAGAGUCGUGGUCGUCUAGCCGCCGACGCAUAUUCGCCCGUAAAUCAAAACGGUAGCUUCGAGUUCGACCGCGUUAUCAAGAGCGGUUAUGUACAGAAGCGCACGCAGAAAACAAAGACAUGGCGCACCAUCUACUUGGUCCUACGACCGAACACGCUAUAUAUCUACAAGUCGGAUAAGGAGGAGAAGCUCCGGCGCAAGGUUUAUCUUUCCGACCUGACCGCGGUGACGCUGUUAAAGGACCCAAAGAACAAACGGCCGAACGUCUUUGGCCUGUUUUCGCCUGCAAAGAACUUCCACUUCCAGGCGCCGAGCCUGAAGGAUGCGCAGGAGUGGGUAGAGCUGAUCCGGCAAGAUGCCAGGAUAGAGGAGGAAGAAGAGGAGAUGUUCUUAGCCAGCCCGACCGCACGUCAGCCUUCUUUUUUCCACGGCGCCGAGGUUGAUAACGACAAUGGCCGCCAGAUUCGCGCCCUGGCGUCGCCGGAGCACUUCUUAUCGAGCUCCCCCGAGCCCACCGAGCCUCCGAUCCGCAAUCUUCCAAAACCAUACGCACGACGGCCGUCACACAUAGACUCGUCUGGCCUUUCGGGCGCCGAGCUAGCAAGCCACUCCGACUUCUCGGAUUCCGACAUGCACCGUGUCCCGGGCGCUUCGUUCGAGAGUCUGGCAGCCCAUCAACCAUCGACAUCGCCUGCGCUGCCCAGGCCCAGUAUAGGUACCAUCAACAACAACCGAGUCAGCGGGACGCACCAAGACGCCGACCCGGACCGCGUUAUCUGGCAGGGUUGGAUGUGGUUUCACCGCAGCAAGGGGGGAGUCCGGCAAUGGAAGAAGUCCUGGGGCGUUUUGCGACCAAGAAAUUUCAUCCUUUACAAAGACGGCGCCGAGUCGUCCGUCUUAUUCUUACUUUACAUGUCGUCAAUCGUCAACGUGGUCGAGACAGACUCGAAGAGCCGGACCAAGAAACACUGCCUGCAGAUCAUCACGGACGAGAAGAGCUACCGGUUUUGCACCCACGACGAAGAGGCCCUUGUGCAGUGCCUGGGCGCAUUCAAAAGUCUGCUUGCCAAGCGCCGGGAGCUGGAGGCCAGGGCAGGGACACCCAGCGCAGCGGCGGCUUCGACUGCGGCCACAGUGGCGGCCACGACGACAGCCACAGCGGCACCUGCGACCGAGACUCGCUCCCCACCCGCCUAA